AUGACUGCUCCAAUGGCUACGAUAGGCGUCAUCUCGAUUGGUGAGAUGGGACUAGGAAUCGCCAAGCUGCUGAAAGCAAGUGGUUAUCGCGUAGUCACUAAUGCCACUGGUCGAAGUCAAGAUACACACGACCGAGCCAAAUCAGCAUCCAUAGACCUAGUUUCUUCGGAUGAGGAACUAGCAGCGACGUCAGACUACAUUAUGUCUAUCGUGCCACCAAGAGAUGCAAUAGCGACGGCGGAACGCGUAGUAAAAGUCAGCAACACAAAGAGAGACAAGCCUUUGUAUUAUCUCGAUAUGAAUGCGGUCUCGCCAAAGCUGGUCAGGAGCAUCAACGAGCUCUUUGGCGCUGCUGGUCAAAACGUUCGUUUCAUUGAUGGAGCCGUGAUUGGCAGUGCACCAAGCCUCAAAGACGACCAAGCAGACUCGUCCAAGCCCGAAGCAUGGAAGAGACCCGGUAUUCCCAUGUCUGGACCGUACCGAUUGACAGACGCAGAACCAAAUGGUGCACAUCUUGCCAAUACACUUGGGGCCCGACACAUUUCAGAGGAAAUAGGCGCGGCAUCAGGACUGAAGAUGAGCUUCGCAUCUCUGUUUAAAGGACUCACCGGGUUGGCCAUCCAAUCUUUUACAACAGCGCAUCGUCUUGGUGUGUUGCCAGAGUUGCAGCAGCAUCUCCAACAACAUAGUCCGAAGAUAUUGGAACUGAUUAAUGGUUCGAUGCCUAAAAUGCCACCCAAGGCUUACCGCUGGGUUCGAGAAAUGGAGGAAAUUGAUGCAACACUGAGGGAAGAUGGUGGGUUCGAAGAAGAAUCGAUCUUUAGUGGCAUCGCUAGGACGUAUGAGUUGGUUGCCCACGGCACAGACCUAGGUGAAGAGAAGACUGAGAGGAGAAACCGGGGCAAGACAACCGAGGAUGUAGCAUUGUUGAUGAGUGAAGGCAUCGAGAGACGAAAGCAAAAGACGGAUUAG